AUGUUGAACAGUCCCUCGUUAAAUCAUGCCAAAGUACUGCUUCAUCUGAAAUGGUUUAUCAACAGAUUAACAAAAUCUUUCGAACAUAAACUACAAAUAUUUGCAAGUUCGGAUUUUGAAAUAAAUUCUGAAAGAGAUAGUGUAAAUUCUCUUCGCGAAUCGCAAACUACUAUUCGGUCUUUGAAUUCUCCAGCGAAAUCCCCACUCUCUUAUCUUGGUAAUAAUCUUAAAAACCGGAGUCUUAGCACUGAUUGUGAUCGCAUUUCUCUUAAUAGCAAAGCGUCUGAAUUUGAAUGUGGAGCUUAUCGACGCAAACAGUUAUUUUCUCGACCUUCUAAUCACAAUCGAUCUCCCAAAGUUCGAUCUCUGACUAAUUCGCCUUUUAUGAUGCGACUUUCUUUGACCCGUAUUCUAUCCAGUAAACGAAUACCUCUUUCAGAGUACUCUGAUUCUAAUUCUGAUUUGGAUAUUGGUUUUUCUUCAGACUUUCCUCAACUGCAUUUUCCUAAUUUUUCUAAUGGAUGUUUAUCUCAAAUUGAUGCCAAGGAUAUUUCUUCUUCUUCAUUUGAAUAUAUUGAAAAACUGCGCGUUCUGUUAAUUCUCAAAAAUACAACUGAAUCCGAACGGAGAUUUAAUGCCACAAGAUUUGCAGAACACAUAUGUGUUGUUUAUGAAUACCAAAUUGGCUUUCUUCAAGGACUAAAAUCUGUCCAUUGUGCUGCAGACUAUGUUGCUGAGGUAUUAGUAAAAGCUAUACGUAUCGGUAGAAUUACUUCCCUCUCAACUCUUGAAAUGUCUAUUAAUUUACUCCACGAGGAAGCUUGCAGACCUUCUUCGUCAAAUAAAUGCAUCAAAACGUCUCCGAUGACAGGGACUGGUGAACAGCUCUCUUGGCGUUUGCCUGAAAUUUGGACAAAACCUGGCCUUCGGCAUAAUGAAGUUGGUGGAGAAAAUUGUCACAAUUUGAAUAUUGUCACUCACUUUCUGGCGCCUUGUGGUGCUGAGCUAGAAAUUAAACGUCCUGAUAUUUAUGGCUAUCGAAAUCUAAUUGUUCUCCCUAAUUCUGAGUCCACUCUUUGUAAUAAUGGUGGCGCCAUGGAAAAUUCGAAUUCUAAAAAUGCAACAAUUUUUACAAAUGGAAAUAAUGAACCCCUUGGUGUGACUGAUUUCUAUGAUAUCUUCCCUUCAGAUGAGGAAACUAUAACCGUGAGUAAUAUCAGAACUGGAUCUAGAGUGCGGUCCCCUAUGUCGAAAGUUCAGAAAACGGAAGCAGCAACUAGUUCCCCAAUACGUAGAGCUGAUGUAAUUCGACGUCAACAAAACUCAAAAAUCAAGUCACCUUUACUGAGUACAUCUGUGAACCUUAGGCAACACCUCCACAGAGCCUACCGACCAGUUUUUUUUGUGAUCUAUGAGAGACCAAGCGUUAUUGACCACCUCACCGAGUGUGAAUCUUUUGCCGCCUUCUGUAAACGCCAAAAUAUCUGCCCUGUGAUGUUUCUGAAUCAAGAGACUGACCUAUUUGAGGGUCGUGUUUGUUCCAGCCUCUUCCAACAUUUUGAUAUCUUCUGCCUUACUACUAAUGGUUACAUAUCCAAAGCCGCCCCUGAAGGAUCUUUAACUUCUCCUUCAGAUUUUAAGUCUCCUCCGGGUCGAGAGGAGACGUCUAGACAUCGCCGAGUAGCUGGCACAUGUCUUGGAGGAAUUGAUAAUCCUGGAUUUACUUCCUAA